AUGAUGUUAUCACCACCGCGAAGAUUCCGCUUGGAGAUUGCCGUUAAGCGGCUGCAUAGUCUUGUCAACAUGAGUUCAUCGGCGAGGAUCGUCUUCGCUGUACGCUUCUCAAGCUUUCCAGAGAUUUUCCUCCGGCCACAAACUGGCGGUGGUGGCGGUGUUGUUGAACGGGCCCCCGCAGGUGACUUUAUCCUUUCGCUGACAUACAACGUGUGCCACAAGGCCGAGUUUUAUCUCAAUGACGAUGAGUACCGAAAAAUAUUUCCUGCGCAGUGCGUCUGCCGCGUGUACGACGAGGGACAACCGCAUGCGCCUGUGUCAUGGGUAUGCCCAUGCCCGCUGUCGACGGUGCAGGUGGCGGCGGGCCGGCAACAUAGCAACUACGCCAUGUGCGACAGCGCCGGGAAGACGAUGGGCUUUGCGGAGAUGUCCUGUCGCGUUGUUCCCAUGGACGAAGCGAUGCUGUCUACUGCGGUGGUGCCUGGGGCCACCGCUUCUUCAGCCGUCUCCCGCCAGGCAUCUUUGCCCGUGGCAACUUCCAACUUAACGGUCAAUGGCAAACCUUAUGUUAUUCGUGUGAUUUUGGACGGCGCGGAUGGGGAGAGAAGGAAGAAGCGCAUGCACAAGAUGACGCGGGGUGGCCAUCGAGAUUCCUCGCCGGCGAAGUUAACGUCAUCGGGCGCUGGAGCUGUGGUUGAAGGCACAUUGCCACAAAAAGAAGCGGAAAAGAGUCUACGGGGUCGUCCGCUGGCAAGCACACAUGAAUCUAAUCGACGAGGAAGCAAGUCUACCGUGAAGAAGAAAACGUUUUUUCAUGUCUUACAGUACGGCGUGGCGUAUCAGAUUCAGUCAAAUUGUGGAACUUUAUACGCCACCUUGAAGCGGGAAUUUACGCUGCUUGACGCAGUUGCUGUGGAUGAGAAGUCAAAACCCAUAACGGAUAAGCUCGAUUGUGUGGUGCAGCAAAUCUUGAAGUCCGCGAAUAUUGUGAUCCAGUUGGCCAAUCAGCUUGCCGAGUCCUCUGGAAUGGACUACACAAGUGCAUCCGUGGAGGAUAGCUCACGCAGAAAUCCAGUAAACAAAUUGCCCAUUCCACGCGAAGGAAGUGUGGCCCAUUUUCUAAUGUAUCACGUGCUUUUUCAGCUGCAGUGCCUAGGGACGAACCUCUGCCACCUUACAACAGCCUACCGUCAGCCACUGGAGGUUCGGUUAUCCACUCUGCAUCGUCAGCAUGUCAAAUAUAUCAAAUAUUUAUGCAUAGAGGUUCAAGAAUUGACAACACGUAUUAACAUUAUUGUGCAGUCAACAAUAGAUCGAAGCUUUGCUGGCGGGGGUACCUUUUCAAAAUUUUCAACACCGGCUUAUUCCUCUAAAUUUACCAGCAGUGUCAGUAGCGCUUGUACAGUUUCCUCACGAUCCUCAUCCGGUGGAGGAUCCUCAGGACAGGGAAGCUCCACGGUUGAAAGUGUUUCGUCGGCAUCCUCAUCAGGACCCAAGGUGUUGGAUAAGCCUCUUCCCACUUUGACGCAUUUCGUAUCGCAGCCUGUGGUUUACUCUAACACUAACGAACAGCCGUCAUCAGUGCCUUCCCCACAGGGAUUUUCUGCGGAGACUCAAAUACCAGUAUCAUUGCCCGAUAAUAAUAGGCCACUUCCAUCAGCCACGUUUGAUCCCAGAUACAGUUUUCCACCAUCCACAGAGUUUAGAACGGGACUGUUGCCCCCGAAAACCUCCACAAUAACGCCUUCAGUGAGUGGAAUGAGUGCAAACAAAAUCACGGUAUCUGACAACGCGGUGAACGCUCUUUACAUCCCAGCUGGUGCUGCCUCUACUUCUUCACAGCCUGUAUACUCAGAUAUAACUCCUUCAGGAGCUGGCGCACAGCGACAUACGUCUCUGGAGAGUGGUGGCGCCCCGGUGCCUGUUCCUCAGUCGGCUUCUUUGACUGCGGGAGGCGUCUCGGGGAUGGGAGCUGGCACCCAGCGACAUACGUCUCUGGAGAGUGGUGGCGCCCCGGUGCCUGUUCCUCAGUCGGCUUCUUUGACUGCGGGAGGCGUCUCGGGGAUGGGAGCUGGCACC